CCAAGCGAUCGAGCGACGAUGAAGCGGACGCGCGUGGACGGCCAUCUUUCCAAGGAGGAGUACGCGAGCUCGGAGGCGACGGCGGGCGGCGGUGGCAGCGGUGACCAUGCGCUAGCCUCGGACGACGUCAUGCGCAGCCGGCGCGUGGUCACGGCCCGGAGCACUGAGCGCAAGCGCCAUGCCUAUGCGCUCAACCAAAACUUCUACCAAGGCAUCAAGCUGCAGCAUGCGCAGAACGCCAAGGGCUCGUGGGUCGACAACAUGGCUGAAUACAUGGCGUACGUACAAGAGAUCGAAGGCCGGUACGGCGACAAGAGUGGCGUCAUCAUGACGUUUGGCAGCGGUGACUGCGGCCAGCUCGGCCAUGGUGUCGACGAAGACGAGGACAUGAUCGUGUCCGUACCCCGCGUUGUCGCAGCCCUUUCCAAGCAACAGAUCGUGCGCGUCGGCUGCGGCGGUCUGCACACGGCUGCUGUCACCAAGGACGGCGAUGUCUACACGUGGGGCUGCAACGACGACGGCGCGCUGGGGCGUACCGGCGAUGAGAACGCCCCCGCCCUCGUUACGGGCUUUCCCGCCAACACCUCCAUUAUCAAUGUUGUCGGCGGUGACUGCCACUCGGUUGCUCUCGGCGUCGAUGGCAGCGUCUUCAUGUGGGGUUCGUACAAAGACAAGGAGGGCAAGCUGUGGUGCGACGCUGCGACGCCGAAAGAGACGUUCAAGAACAAGCAGCUGACGCCGUUCAGCAUUCCGGGCCUCUCGAACAUUGUCGACAUUGAUUGCGGCAGUAGCUUCAACCUCGCGCGGGCCGCCGAUGGCCACGUCUACUCGUGGGGUCUUGGUGAAAUGGGCCAGCUCGGCCGCCCCGUCUCGGACAAGAUCCGCGCGCCGUCGGGCGAGUACGACCUCCCGCUCGUCUUCAACCAGCACCUCAAGCCAGCGCUGGUCCUUUUGAACGGGAAGAAGCUCUUGUGCAAAGCGAUUGGCUGCGGCUCGUACCACUCGCUCUUUAUCGCAAGCGAGACGGGCGGCAUCUACGCGACGGGCUUGAACAACUAUGGCCAGCUCGGCCUCGGGCACGACGCCAACCAGAUCGAGCCGCAGCUCGUCGAGGCGCUGAGCCACAAGGUUGGACAGGCGGUCGCGGCCGGCACGCACAACUCGCUCGUGCUCAUGGCCGACGGCACCAUGUAUUCGUUUGGGCGCGCCGACUCGGGCCAGCUCGGUACGAUCGACAACCCCGAGACGGGCGCAAUGAAGGAGUCGCCUCAAGAAAUCAUCGUCAAGGCCAAGGGCGGUCGCGUCUACUUUGCCAAGAUCUCGUGCGGCUCCAACCACUCGCUCGCCGUGACGUCCGAGAACGACGUGUACGCGUGGGGCUAUGGCGACAUGUGUGCGCUCGGCACAGGCGACGACAAGGACGAGUACAAGCCGCGUCUUCUUGAUUGGACAAAACCAAGUUUGGGCCCGCGCGCAUGCUCCAAGUAAACGCUGGUGGCCAACACAGCGCGAUUGUCGCGCUCAAGGACUAAUGUAAUCAAGCCAACGAAACGAUCCUUGGGAUUUGUAUAUGUACAUCGAACUGGG